CUGUUUGUUCGUAAUUUUGGGGUAUUGCCGCAGCCCGCAGGCCCGCAGUGUAGUGUCUCUCGAGUGAUGGGCCGGCCCAUGUUCUGAGAUCUCGAGGGCUUCUUCUCCUCCUUUUUAAGAAUUUCCUCGCCUUUCCUUUCCUCGGGAAGAAUUCUUGGGCAGGGAGGCGGGGAAAAGGUACCGGAAGGGAGAAAUUCCGUCCAUUUUUUUCUGGAAGUUGUGACGGUGCUCUUCGGGUGGAGUGGUUGGAUUAUUGAGGGGUUUGGUUUUGAGUGUAAAGACCCAGAGGUCAGAAUUUCCCCUUGUUUGAGAAAACAAGAGGCCUUUCAUUUGUGAUUCAUUCGUUUCGUUCGGUUGGUUUCGGUUCAUUGAUUUUCCUAUGCUUCGUUUGUUCGCCGGAAUUGGGCUUUUUCUUGGAUUUUUUGGGGUUUCUGUGGUUUCCAGGAUGUUAGGGUUAGGGUGGGAGUGGAAUGGGGGCUAUAGGGAUUGAUUGAAGGAGAUGCGGGGGGAAUGAAGGAGGAGGAGGAGGAAGAUGAGGAGGAGGAGGAGGAGGAGGAGAGGUUUUUCGAUUCGAGGGAGGAGAUAACGGCGACGUCUGACGCGUUGGACUACGGGGAGGUUUGUGAUCUGGGGAAGCCCGACUUGUUUGCAAACCUUGGACGGUCUGGUUUCGAGGUGUGGCUCGGCAGGCCGGAGAGUGUGCGGGAGCGGCGUGAACGGUUUCUGCGAAGGAUGGGGCUAGAUCGGAGCGAAGAGGGGGAGGCGGAAUCCGGCUGUGAGGGCUUGGAUUUGGUGCGUGUGAAGAGGGUGGAGGAUUGUGAGGUGGUGGAAUUUUGGGAUUCGGAUUCGGGGAGCGAACUCUCGUCCGGACAUACCUCGACGUCGAGUAGGUUGGAGAAUAGCUCGUGCUCGUCGAUGGAUGGAGUGGGGAAUGGAAUUGAGUAUGGUCGUGGUUUGGAUUUAAUGCUUAGAAUUAGGAAUCUUGAUGAUGGCAGUGAGUUCAUGGUUGAUGAGAAUGAUGAGGGUGGAGAUCUAGGAAGGAUUAGGGAAUUGCGUUCCGAUAGAUUAGUCUCAAUUGAUGAAUUUCAUAUGCAUCUUGGACUUUCGCCGAUUGUUCAGCGGCUUAUGAGGAGAGACGCCGAAGAAGGAGUCAAUGUGGGUGGCGAUCUAGAGGAUAUGGUGAUCAGGAGAAAAAGGUGGUUAGGAGGUUUGAUGGCGGCCAUCGGUAGUAGACAGAGACGGCACAAAUCCUUUCCGGAUGAUCCACCGAGUAUUACUCGGGAUGCUCACUGUGGGGAUAUGGAGAUUGCAAGUUUUGAAAAGGUUAAGGUGCAUCGUAUUAGGAAGAGGGAUAAGGAGUUUUCAGCAGUUUAUCGAACACAAGAGAUACAGGCUCACACCGGGGCGAUUCUCACCAUGAAAUUCAGUAUAGAUGGCGAGUUUCUUGCGACUGCCGGCGAAGAUGGCGUAGUGCGUGUUUGGCAGGUGAUUGAGUCGGAAAGAUCUAACGAACUUGAUUUACCUGAUUCUGACUCUGCUUGCGUGCACUUCACAUCCAAUAAAUCUGCUGAAUUGACCCGGACUGCGGUCAGCAAAGAUAAAAGAGGAAUAUACAGUAAGAAAAAAUCAAGCGCUUGCGUGGUUAUCCCUCCCAGGGUUUUCCGGCUAUCGGAGAAGCCUAUUCAUGAAUUCCAUGGACACAGCAGCGAUGUACUGGAUCUCUCAUGGUCUCAAUCUAAGUGCCUACUGUCAUCAUCCAUGGAUAAGACUGUUAGGUUGUGGCAGCUUGGAUCAGACAAGUGCGUUAAUGUGUUUCCUCACAAUAACUAUGUGACUUGUGUCCAGUUCAACCCCAUUGAGGAAAAUUACUUCAUCAGUGGUUCGCUUGAUGGGAAAGUUCGGAUUUGGUCCAUUCCCAAUUGUCAAGUUGUUGAUUGGGCAGAUAUAAGAGAUAUAGUCACUGCAGUUUCUUACAGUCCAGAUGGACAGAGAGCGCUAGUUGGCUCAAUGACGGGAAAUUGCCGCUUUUAUGAUGCAUCAGGUCAUUGUCUGCAGUUGGAUACGGAGAUAUGCUUCCAGGGGAAGAAGAAAUCUCCGGGCAAAAGAAUUACUGGAUUCCAGUUUCAUCCGAACAACGCUCAGAGGGUUAUGGUAACUUCUGCAGAUUGUCGAGUUCGAAUAAUUGAUCAACUCAACAUUGUCUCCAAAUACAAAGGAUUCAGGAAUCCGGCAAGCCAGAUAUCAGCAUCAUUUAAUUCGAAUGGAAGGCACAUUAUAUCCGCAAGUGAGGAUUCUCACGUCUACAUGUGGACAUACGAGUCAUCGGAAUCCCCUGUCUCCAAGCCAACAAAAAGCGUUCGUUCUUGUGAGCGCUUUUAUUCAAGAAAUGUCUCUGUUGCAAUGCCCUGGUGCAGCCCAAAGACCAAAAUUCCCGUUUCUAUUUCAUCUGGUCCUUUCGAGGCUCGGUAUAGAAGUUCAAGUGACUCGCUUGACAGCUCAGAAAAUGGUUGCCGCAGCUACUGGGAUUCUUGUGACAGCAGUCCGUCGACGACCUCAUCAUCUCCUAACAGGUUGUCAGUGGCUCAUGGAUUCUUCAGUGACGGUCUUGUUAAGGGGUCUGUAGCUACAUGGCCUGAGGAAAAGCUGCUCUCGUCCUCGUUAGGAACAAAAUUAUGUAGAUCUCAGUGCAAGUUCCUCAAGAUUGCUUCCGGUGACAAUGCUGUGGUGCCGUAUGCGUGGGGUUCGGUUAUUGUUUCUGCGAGCUGGGAUGGACGUAUUAGUUCAUUCCAAAACUUUGGUCUACCAACACAGCGCUGAAUCGAAGCCUUGGAGAUGAUUUUGUGCCUUAGUGUAAAGGCGUUGGGCCAGUAACUUUUAUCUGCCAACUUAAGGUUCCAUAUGUGUCACCGCCAUGGUGAAGAAGGUGAACGGGUAGACUGCUAAAGCAACAGGAGCUCUGUGGUGAGGACUGGAGCAUGUGAUAAUCUGUUGUGCCUGGCCAUGCCAAGCAGCAGGAGAUAAGGCUUUUCAUCACUUUCUUUGAAGAAUGAGUGCGAACUGGAGAGCUGUUCCCUCAUCAGCCCCAAGCAGGAGGCAGGCAUCCUGAGGUGCCGGAAGCGCCAUUGAAGGGUUACCUGGUUGGGGUCACCCCCUUGAUUAGGAAAGGUUCCCCUGUAUUUAUACAAUUCUUUUAUUUAACAUAGAGAGAAAAAGGAAAGUAAUUAGCGAGUGUGGAAGAGGUGUGUAUACGUUGUAAAUCAGCCUUUUUUGCUGGUCAGUGUUGUGGGGAACGUAAAUAUUGGUAAGGAGGAGAUAUGUGGAUAAGAGUUUUUGUUUUUCCCUUAAGUAUUGGUUAUUUUCGUUCU